AAACAAUGAAGAAAUGCAUAAAUAGGACUUCCAUGUUUCAUAGGACUAAUAAUGUAUUGAUGGUACAAAAUUACCCUUACUAACUUUAUGAAUCUAUUUACAAUAAAAAAAAUAAAAAUAAAAAAGCUAUUUAGAACGCUAGGUUCCGCAGCCGCUCCCAACACUCCAAAUGCGGCCAUCACUUCUGGCGCCUCCACUUCCGUCAUCAUCGCCGUCACUUCCAUAGCCGCCGCCGCCAUCACUUCCGGCACCGGCGCCCCCAUCACUCCCGACACCGUCGUCACUCCCGGCACCAUUGCUGGCCCAUCACCGGCGGUUAUGAAAAUGUCACCUUGCUGCAAAAAAAAUUAUUGACAACAUAAAAACAUAAAUCUGCCAAAAAGUUGACAAAAAUAUAAAUCCAAUAUUCCAAAUCUGUAAAAAUCGGAAUUUUUAUUGAAAUCGGAAAUUUUGUAGAUGAAAAUCUGCCAUCUUGUUACCUUAAAAAUCAAGCUAUAUAUCAGAUUUGCCAUAACAGUGGAAUAAAAAUAAGAAUUUUCUGCCAUAAUAUUAAAUAUUAAUAUGGCAAAUCUACCAAAAUACAAUCGGCAAAUCUGUCAUAAAAUUGGAAAUACAUUCAAAUUGUUGAAAUUCUGCCAUGAUAUCAUAUAAUUGGCAACACUCUCAAAUCAAUGCCAAACUAUAGGUUUUCUGCCAUAACAUUUUACACGAAUCUGCCAAAAAUUUGGCAAAAUAUGAACUCUAUCCAAAAUCGAGAAAAACAUGGUUUUUUUAUGAAACAAUUUUUUUUUAUUGAAAUCAGAAAUAUGAACUACGAAAUUAAUGACCAAAAAUCAGAAAAGAGGAUGCUAAAACUCCACAAAGUGAAUCAAAAAAAUCUGCCAAAAAACAACAGAAUAAAAACAAAAAAUCUGCCAAAAACGGAGAAGGAGGAUGAAGAGGAAGAAAAAGAGGAAGAGGAAGAGGAAGAAAAAGAGGAAGAGGAAGGGGAAAACCUGGAAAAGGGGAGUGGCGAUGGAGCGUCGAAGAACUACCGACACAGAGAGGCGGUGCGGUGCAGUAAAUCGGCGGCGUCUAUGGAAAACUAGCGACGACGAUGGAUAACCGGCCGGCGGCGCUGAAGAGCGGGGGGAGUUUGUUGCGAUGGUGAUAUCAGAGAGAGAGAGGGGGCGAUGAGGCGCAGAGGAAGAAGUGAUCGAUAGAAUUUUAGGGUUUUGGAUAGUUAUUAUAUAGGAGGGUAUAAUGGUAAUCCGGAGUCCUAUUUAGGGAAUAAAAAAGAUGUGAUCCUAUUUGUGCAUUUAAGUUUAUUAUUAGUCCUAUAUAGGACAAUUACACUUAUAUAUACCGGUGUAUAGUGCAUUUGUGCUAUGGCGAUUCAAGCCCCACAUGCAUGCAAGUACAAUCAAACAUACACACACAUGAAUACAUGAUUUACUUUUUAAGUGAACCAAUACACUGGUGGAUCCAAAUAUUUCUUCAAGAGGACAUACCAAUAGGGUUGUACAUGAAUCAAUUCUAAUCUAAUCCUAGAUGGAUGGGCUACAGUCUCCAAAAUUCAUGAAACAAAAGCAAAUUAACGGGUGCUUGUUUCACGCCCGGUCCACCUUCUUGGUUGCUGGCUGUUCUGGAUCCCAACAAAUACGUUUUUUCUUUACAGUAGACUCACAAUUGGAGCUGGCCAACUCUGGUCCACGUCUACACCAAUCAGAACCCCACGGUCUCUCCAAUGGUUCUGGUUCCAAUUUGGAAUUCUGGUUCUGUUUUGGAUGCACAUCUUGAACGAUCGUGGUCUGGAACUGGGAGCAUGCUCAACACAGGUCGGGCACUAAAAGCACGUGUAAUAGUUUGAAAUGUUACAACAAAGUGAUAUUAGUGACACUUCAUUGAGAUGUCAUCCCACUCAUAAUUUUAAUUUACUUUUAGUACUCAACCCAAAACAAUUAUGUUUUCAGCUUAUUUUAAGAUAAAACCGUCUUAUUCUUAGAGUUCGGCCUUAAUUGUCUAAGAACUAUACGGAGUACUAUUUACGUUGUUCAUGUAUUAUUGCUAGAGAAGUGGUUGAAUCUCGAGGUAAAGUUCUGCCUUUACGUACAAUUUGUUAGCUGAAAUUUGGUAUGCGUAAACUAGACUUAAUGAAUAAGAUGCUAAAAAAAAUUCAUCAAAAAAUUUCAUCGGGAACCACCCCAAAUGGUGAUGGCCAAACAGAGCCUCC